AGGCGCGAGCAAGACACACGAGCAAAUGAUAAUAAAAUGUAAUUUUUUUAUCAAACUGUAAUUUCGAAUUGGUUUCCGAGUGGACGCACUGUGAACUGACCGACCCCGUCGGGGAAUCGGACUGUAAACAUCACAGAGAGGAAAACCCUCUUAUAAACAUAUGUUAUCGACAAUCGCGAUCAUUUUGCUCUCGGACGCCGAUGCUCUCACGCUUUGUAUGCACUAUUUUCGAAAAACACUGCAUGUUAUAAGUUUUUCAGUGAAUUUCGGGAGCGCUUCACUGAAUGAAUUUAAAACGUAAUUUUAAAAAUUUUUGGAAGAGUUUUAAAAAUAGUUUUAGGACUUUUUAAAAAAGUUUGUGGACAUUAUGUUGGUUGUGUGGUUGUUUUUGGUUUUGCCGUUGUUGUGGCUGGUCGCGUUUCGGUAUCGGAGACGGAGGAUGUACGCUCUUGCCUCCAAAAUUACAGGAGGGAAGGAAGAGCUACCUUUUAUUGGGAUUACACACAAAUUCACGGGAACCACGGAGGAUAUCAUGUCGUCCCUCAAGGAACUUAGUUACACGGCCAUGGAAAACGAUGGCAUGAUCAGAGGUUGGCUUGGCCACAUUCUUUAUUUUCUUGCCCUGGACCCUGUGGAUCUUGAAGUGGUGCUGAAGACGUGUUUGGAGAAGGAUGACCUGCACCGAUUCCUACGGAAGAUUAUUGGCUACGGGGCGAUAUUUGCUCCAGUAUCAAUAUGGAGACCACGACGAAAGAUCCUCGUGCCAGCUUUCAGCCCUAAGAUCGUGGAUAGCUUCGUGCCAGUCUUCGCCGAGCAAAGUAUGAAGCUGGCUGACAAACUGGGCCAGCGUGCUGGUGCGGGCAAGCUCAGUGUCUGGCCAUUCAUUAGCUCCUACACUCUUGACUCUGUUUGCGAAACCGCGUUCGGCGUGAAUAUAAACGCCCAGGACGACGAGAAGUCCCCGUUCCUCGUGGAGCUGAACAACAUCCUGCAGCUGGCCUGUGAGCGCAUAUUCCACCUGUGGCUGCAGCCCGACUGGCUGUACAAGUUCUUUCCGCAGUACCGCAGGCAUAAGCAAAGCUUGAGGAUCUUACAUGGAUUCACUAAUGAUGUUAUAAUGAAGAAGCGAGAUGAAUUAAAAGCGGCACAACGUCUCGAGGCAAAGCAUGAAUUUGACCUCUCCGACUAUUCCAACAAGACGUUCCUAGAUUUGCUGAUCCACUUUUCCGGUGGAGAGAAAGGCUACAGCAACAUGGAGCUGCGCGAAGAGAUCCUAACCCUGACCAUCGCGGCCACUGAUACGUCGGCAACCGCCGUCGGGUACACGCUUAAGAUGAUGGCCAAGUACCCGCACAUUCAGGAGAAAGUUCUCGAAGAACUGGACGACGUGUUUGGAGACUCGGACAGACUGUUCGAGAAGGAGGACCUGCUUCGUCUGAAGUACUUGGAGCGCGUGAUCAAGGAGACGCUGCGGCUGUUCCCGCCCGUACCCUUCAUCAUUAGGAAGGUUGACGAAGAAAUUACGUUGCCGUCAGGCCGCGUGCUGCCCGCUGGCUCAGGCGUAGUGGUCUCAAUCUGGGGCACCCACCGCAACCCAAAGUACUGGGGUCCCGACGCGGAGAAGUUCGACCCUGACCGGUUUCUUCUGGAGCGCUUUAACCUCAAACACCCGUGCGCCUUCAUACCUUUUAGCAGCGGACCAAGGAACUGUAUUGGUUACCAGUACGCCCUGAUGUCUAUCAAAACGGCGCUGUCCUCAAUCCUUCGGUACAACCGCGUGGUUGGCGACACGGAGGCGUGCGCCACGCCGCAGAUCCGCGUCAAGCUCGACGUCAUGAUGAAGGCCGUCGACGGGUACGAGGUCGCUCUGGAGAGGAGAAGACUACCUAAGUGUAAGGCUUGAGUGCACGCUCAUAUUGGACGUGCAGCAGGGCGGGGCGUGCGGCGUGCAUGGGAAACAAUUGAAGCUCAUUGACUCGACGUUGCAUAUAUUGUACGCACGUUCGCACGCUCCGCAUCGAACGUUCUCUAGGGCCUUACAGAGCCAC